GUAUAUUUCUUAUUUUUGUUUAAUAGAAAUAAUAGUGCUUUGAGAAUAUGCUAUCCAGUUAGAGAUAUCUGAUGAUUUAACUUUCAUGUGCUCCAACAGAUAAUUCUGACAAUUAGUUUCUAUCACAAUUUAUACAUAAGUUUACAGAAUUUCUUUGUUACUAAUUAAUCUACACAUUUUUUUAACAUUAAAUAUGUAAGCCACAAUUAGGCACUGAUAAGAAAAGUUGUAUGACCAUCUACAUAUAGUUUGAGAAACUUGAGAAUGUUUUGAACAUACCACCUGCAUAGUUGAUGAAUGCACCAUUUCUGAUGGUAUUCAAGAUAUGGUACAAAGUUCCAAUAGUUUAAUAGUUGGAGGAAAGAAUUCACAAUUUUUUACUUAGUACUUUCAAGUCAUUUACACUAAUGAAAUUUGCAUUUUCCUUUAAACAACUUGUCAAUGUUGGAAAUUUUUGCAAUGCUUUUUCUUCACUUGUUACUGAUGUUCCUUUUUUUUGUGCUUCAAUCUCCUCUUUUUCCUUCUCUCCCGUCACGGUGAACGACCACAUCUGGAGCGGAAGAAACAAAGUGUGAGAGAGGGACGGCAGACGGCGAUGAGGGAGGCGGGCGGCCAGCUCCUUGCGGCGGCGCUGGAGGUUCCUGCGCCGGGCGGCUCCCUGUCGGGAGGGACCGGAGCUCCAUGCGGCAACGGCGGAGGUCCUGCGCGGGCGGCUCCCUGCGGCGGCGCCGGAGGUCCUGCGCCGGGCGGCUCCCCGCCAGGAGGGGCCGCGGAGGGGCGGUUGAAGCCGGGCGGCUCCCUUCCUUGCGGCGGCUGGAGCCCGCGCGGGGAGAGGUGGCGGUGAAGGGGCGGCGCCGUCAUGCAUGCCGCCGGCGACGAGGUUGACGCGCUGUGUCGGGGCCUCUACUGCCACCACGGCAGCACGGGGUUGGGCACGGACGCCGGAGGAGACUGCGGCUGCCACCACGGCAGCGCAGAUCGGGGUCUUCGACGACAGCUUUCAUGGCGGCGGUGGCGAGGCUGUCAAAGGAUCUCUGCUAUCUACUAACCUAGAAGUUCAGACAGGGACAUUGGAUUUGAUCUUUCAUUUCCUGUCAUCUGAUGGAAAUAUUUGUGCUCUACUUCAAAUUUUGAUCGAUGAAAACGUUGCUGAUUACAUAUUUGAGGUUCUCAGGUUCUCAGGAAAUAAUGAUCUUCUUGUCAUCUCCUCUAUUCAAGUGCUAUUACUUUUAGCCAGAUCAGAGGAGAAAUUCAAAGAAAAGCUUGCCAUUGGAUUUUCCACUCUGCUUCCUGUUCUUCACUAUGUUGCAGAGAUACCAUUUCACCCAGUCCAAUCUCAUGUUUUACAACUUGUUUGGAUUUGCAUGGUCAAUUGUUCUGGUAUCCUCUCACUGCCCCAAGAAGAACAGAUAGCCUGUACUUUAACUGCAAUCUUGAGAAGUCUUCUGUACUUUCUAUACUGUAUGCCUGUUCAUUCUACAAUGAAAGGCUGGCUGCUGACAACCAAAUUCUGGCUUCUGUUGAGCAAUACAUCCUCCUCAAUAGUGGAAGCUUCCCAUACGAAAUUAAUUUUUCUGUUAUGUUUACGCUUCUGGUCCACCUUUAUGCCUAUGUCAGGGGCAUUUCCUAUAGCUACAGCAUUCCACAUAGUCCAGAAGCCGAGAAUACUCUAUUCCACGUAAUGACACAAAAGGAUUGGGCAGGGUUAUUAAAACGAUAAAACGACGAAACGAAUAGAGGGUAGAUUUUAACAAAACGAUGGACGUUUUAUCGUUUAAACGGACGUUUUAACAUUUAAACGUCGAUUUCACAAGAACGUUUUCUCGUGAAAACGUCGUUUUCACGACGUUUAAACGUCGUUUUAAUAACCAGGGGAUUGGGGUUUGCUUGCUAUCCGAGUUCAUCCAAUAGCAAUAAAAUGGCUCUUCCAGAAGCAAGAACUCAUGGAACCACUCGCCUUCCAUAUGCUAAACUUUUGUAAAACUUUCUGUGAAGAUGAAACUAUCAUGCUCUCAAACAACAGUCAGUUGGUGGACAUACAAAUGGUUGCAGAGCUGGUACUUUCUGGAGAAAUAGUCAUCUCACUUUUGCUUGUGUCCUUGCUAAACCAGAUAGUAAAGGAGGGUACUGAAGAUGAGGUCUUUUCGGUGGUCCGUGUUAUAGCCGAAAUCAUCACCAUCUCUCCUUGUACAUCUGAUCAGUUUAUAUCAUGUGGCAUUGUCAAUUCAUUCCAUGGCAUAUAUUGCUUACCAUACUGUUCAAGGAUCCAAACAGCUUGUUCCCAUUUGAUCUUUAACAUCUUAUGUUCAGCAAGUGCAUUGACAUUUGCUCAGGAAAAUGAAUGGCUUCUUCUUACUGUGAAGCUAUUGGAAUUUAUCAAUUCUGGUAUUGAUUAUACAUCUAGCAACCAAGAACACAAGAUAUUGAUAGGGGUAUUAUGCUUUGUUUUGCAUCAUUCAGCAAACAAAGUUCUUGUUGAGCCUGCAAAAGCCAUAAUCUUGAAUAGUUCGUUGGUUUCUUUAACGGAUGUUAUAGUACAGAAAGCAUGUUCAAAAGGCCCAUCUUUAUUUCAACACAAUCAGGAUACAGCCUUUGGAGAACUCCUAAGUCUUGUACUUCUAUUCGUGUUUUUCUCUCUAAGAAGUUUGCAUACAAUUCUAGAGGCAAGUAUUGACUGGCAGGAGUUCUUUCAGCAUUCAGAAGACAUCCAAUCUUUUUCUGUCCUCGGUAUUCCAUGCCAUGAUUUAUGCCGUCUCAUGCACUUCGGUCCACCUUCUGUUGAACUUAUUGCUUCACAAUGUCUGUUGGAGUUGCUAAUGAGAAUUUCAGAUCAAAGAACAUGUACUAAUGCUGAAUUAAGGUGCUCUGUGAGGUAUCUGAAGUCCAUUAUUGCAGUAACUGAGGGUUUGGUCUUCAGUGAAGACAGUAAAGUUGCUGGAAAUUGCGGUGCCUGUCUCUCUGUAAUUUUAGGUUGGGAGAAAUUUGGAAGCCAAGAGAAAGUGGCAGCCAGAGAAUCCAAAUGGUUUCGAUUAAUAAUGGAGGAAUUUGCUGUUGCCUUGACUGCUCCUGGUUUGACGUCCAAAUCUUUCACCAAUCAGCAGAAGUUUGCAGCGAAUCUAGCUGUUUCGUUGCUCAGGCUGAGCCAAGUACCAGAUUGGCUAACAUCGCUGUUUGAUAGCCAUCUGAUAUCUGGUAUUGUGGCUAAUCUUUCUGCUAGGAAUGUUACUGCAGAAAUUGUCAAUCUCUUCAGUGAGCUCAUGGCUAGGAAAUAUCUGAGCCAAGAGCACAUUGUUGCUCUACAUAACUUGUUCCAGGUGUGCAGAAGGCAGGUCUAUGAGGGAAGCUCCAAGGCGCAAAUGUUUGGGCAAAGUGUUAAAAAGGUUGCAAGGAGCACCGAUGACAUGCUCCCAUUGCUCUUUGGCCUGAUGCUGAACCAGAACACAGACUGGUGCAGUUCAAUAGGAGCAGCAGACGCUCCUGCGUGCGAUUGAUCUGUUCUUCCAGCAGUCAAGCGGGAGAGAGCAGCGUUAACAUAAACGCCAACCAGCUAGUACAGAUGUUGAGAAAAGCUGAUUCUUCUUCCUCCACGUUUUCUGAAUCAAGUAGAUGAUAUUCCAAACGGGACAGCUGGACAUCAGUCCCUGUUCCUGAGAGGCUCCUCGAUUUUCCUGCACUAGAGGAGAAGCUUAGUAAGUUGUAUAUAUACUGAAGUUUUGGCGCAGGAGAGGAAUGUACAUGUGAUGUGAAUCGAUAGGAUUGCAAUCAUCCUUCUGGCCUGAAAUAGUAACACCUAUUAACUCGAAUCUGUAGCCGUAUUCUUCGUUACACGCAUGCGAGGACUGUAUUGCCACGGCCGCUGAAGUAUUAACUGAUGAAGAUUCUUGUUAACGGCCUUUUUAAUUUGAAGUUACUGCUAAAAUUCUGGCU